UCUACCUGAACCCUUACGCCAUGCUAGUUCAUUUGGAUUAAGAGUAAUUAUUCCAGCCGGGAAACUUAGAGACCAUUUAGAGGAUUGCAGUUGCAUUAGGGUUUUUAUUAGGAGCAAGUGCACUUAUAUCAAGAUCGAAACGUGUGGUGCGCGUGUACUGUACAAGCAAGAUUUGGGAAAGUUUCUAGAAGCUGAAGCUAGUGGCAAGAUGAAGCAAAGAUCCAAAUGUGACCUUGAUAAGGUGGAAACUUCUAGAUUGUGUCAGGAUUUAAUUCAUCAAAAUAAAAACUUUUGCGACUCUUCAAGUUCAACUGAAAUUCCAGAUUGGUUCAGCCAUCAGAACCUUGGGCCAUCUAUAAGAAUGCCACUACCUUUGGAUCUGCAUGAUAAUAGUAGUUGGAUAGUGAUUGCUCUGUUUGCUGUUGUUAUAGUCCAUAAAAAAUUGAACAGAAAAGAUUGUAAAAUUUUUAUCGAUUUUAAUUGUAGAUCAGACAUGGUUGAAGGUCCUGUAGAUAGAUGUCCCUCGAUUGUCGUUGACACCUCUAACAUUCAACAUGGACCCUAUCGCCAUGCUUGUUCACGUAGUCUUAAGUUACUUGUUCAAGCUGGGGAACUUAGAGACUGUCUAAAGGAAUGCAGUUGGAUUAGCACUUUGAUUACGAGUGACAGCCCUUAUGUUCGGAUCAAGAUGUGUGGUGCCCGUGUAGUUUACAUGCAAGAUCUGGAAAAGUUUGUACAAGCUAAAGGCAAGAUCAAGCAAAGAUCCAAAUGCCAGAUAGAUAAGGUGGAAUCUAAUCAGUCCAAUGACCGGCUUAAAGCAAAGCUAAUGUCAUUGCUUUUAAGAGUGUAUCAGGGAGACUUGGCUCGAAACCAUAAAUAUGAUUAUGUCUUUCCUCAUACGAAAGUCCCAAACUGGUUCAGUAAUCGAAAUUUUUGUUCCGACAUAAGAAUUAAAUUGCCCACCAAUUUGCAGAACGAUGGGAGAUGGAUGGGAAUUGCUGUGUGUGCUUAUUAUACUGUCCACAAGCAACCAGCAAUAUCUGGUGACAAUAAGGAUUUAGCAAGUUUUCUCAACUUUUAUGGUCCUUUAGUUAGUGAUCGAGUUUGCCUUGCUCGUCACAGGGUCUUUCAGGAAUCUAAAGACAUUUUUGUUGAGUCACCCCAUCGAAUUUUGGUAUUUUAUAUACCACAGGUGUUACUUCGGCUGGAAGAGUGUCGACAUAUCGGGGCUUCAUUUGAACACGAUAAACCAGAUGUGCAGGUUGAAGAGUGUGGACUCCGCCUUGUAUACGAGCAAGAUGUUGAAAAUUUUGUGCAAACAUUAGCCCAGUGCAUAUUAGAUAGUCCAGAUGCCUAUCAUGAAUGUUUUUAUCAAAAUUUGUUACAUCAAGUUGAGGAAAGGGAGGCAAGCAAAGAUUUUGGUUUCUCUUCCUCACUGCAAAGGAUGCCUCAACCCAUGCCUAUCCUUCAACCAAGUAUUGAAAAUAUAGUACAGGGUUGUACCUCUUCGAAAACAAGUCCGAGCUCUUUUACUGGUUUUUUCACGACAGCUAGGAAAGAGCAAUAUGCAAGUAUUAUGUCAAGUGAAUCUUUGAUCAAAGCAUGUUUAGAGAAAAACUUCGAUGAGGGUGAAAUCUUCAAUUGCUGUUUUGUUGAGCGUGAAAUCCCACUGUGGUUUUGUUACGAAGAUGUGCGGUCAAUUGAAAUCCCGCUAUCUCCAGAAUUUGUUAAUGAUCCUGAUUGGAUGGGAUUUGCACUAUGUGGUCUUUUCUCAUUUAAUAUGCAUCCAACUGCUGUUCGUCGGAGUCUGAGUUCAAGAAAAAUUGGAAUGCUCCCAUUCAGCUGUCUUAUGCGGACCAGCACUUGUUAUUCGCGUUUAGUAUGCUGUGGAAUAUUGACUACGAACAACGAAUUAGUUACGUUAAAUCAACGUGCAUUCAUUUGGGUAAUGUUCAUCCCACGUACAACGCAUGCACAUUUAUGGAGUCAAAGCGCUUCGGCUGUAUUCCAGCUUCGAAGCAGAAGUCCAGAUUUGUUUGCACGGAGUUUUGGGUUCAGUCUUGUAUACCGGCAUAACAUGGAAGAGUUAACACAAAUACUGGUGCAAUGCUCUACCCCAUUUGAUAGCUUUCUUGGCUCCUGCGAUCCCCAAGCAAUCUGCAAUAUAUGGGAUAAUUAUUCUGCGCACUUCAUUGGAACUAAGAACUAUUAUGAGUACCUGCGCCCCCAAAAGUUAUUCAUUUCUCAGGAGGAGACUAGUGUAACUGCCCAACAUUCUUUCGAGGACUCAUUCCCUCACAAUCGUUUCCGGUACUUUCAUCCGUCCACAUUAUAUAAUUCUUGUUUCCCAACAAGAAGAACUCCAAGUUGGUUUAAUCAUCAUUGUCGUCUUGGGCACUCGGUGACAAUUGAGAUAUCCCCAAAUUUGUAUGAAGACAACAAUUGGUUGGGGCUCGCUCUAUAUGCUUCUAUUUUAAUCCCAUGGGGUCAACAAAAUGCAGUUUCAGCAAAUUCAUCCCACUUUCUAUAUUGUCAAUUCCAAACGAGUAAAGCUAGUUUAGACAAUCAAAUCCUCGUUUGCCGCACCACUAAUGAAGAGGACGACUGGUUACGUCAAUUCUCUGGACUCAUCUGGAUAUCCUACAUACCUGGUGAGGCCUUGAAGGAUAUGCUGCAUCAAUGUGGCCACAUUAAGGCUUCGUUUGUUAGUGAUUGGCCAAGCGUGAUGGUGCAAAAAUGUGGGCUUCGUCUUUUGUACCAGCAUGAUCUGUCACAGUUUGAGCAACAAUUAAAACAUUGCAAUGCUUCCAUUUCUGCACAUCGGGAUUUCAAAUGUGAACUUAGCCGUAGUGGCGAGAUAGAAAUGAGAUUACUUCCGCAUAUUCCUAACGAAGUUGUAUCUCCACUCAAUAAAUAUGACCAGCUGGGCUUUGAUGGAUCCUGUGACUAUAAUUCUUGUUGCCCUCCAAUUGAAAUUCCGCAUUGGUUCCUCAUUCAAAGUGAUGAGUCCCACGUGACAUUCAGACUAACUCGAAAAUUUCUUAAUAGAAGUGCUUGGCUGGGAUUUGCUCUAUGUGCAGUUUUUUUAGUUACAAAGGAUGUGGCUAUUCUCAUUGACAUUAUGGAUUCAAUAUCUUCUUACAAACUUAUUUGUCACUUGGAAUCAAGUAAUGGGCCUAAUGAUCUGAGUGUGAAACCUCUUCAUAUCUAUUGGCCAACUAAAGAAGAUCUCAUGAUUUCACUGCUAGGUGGACUCACUUGGCUGACCUAUAUACCACGUGGGUCGUUUCCUGAUUGGCUAUAUGAUUGUGACUUCAUUAAGGUUUCAUUUGAGACAAAUUGCUCUUACUUGAAGGUGCAGAAUUGUGGCGUUCGUAUAUUGUACCAGGAUUUGGUGGAAGAGUUCAAGAACUGCGUGAAGAACUGCAUGAAGUACGAGCCUGAGAGUAUAAAUAAAAAAAUGAGGUCUUGGAUUCAGAAUGAAAUCCGCAAAACUGACGCACUGGGCUUUGAUCGAUGCAUUUUAUAUAAUCCCCGUUUGCCUCCAUGUGAAAUUGUGGAGUGGUUCCCUAAACUGAGCGAUGAGUUCUGGAUACUAGCCUUUUUUGUCAUUUGGAAACCAAUGUUGGUGUGA